CGCGAAGCUUUCGGGUUCGGCCGCGUCUCCCUCUUCGAGUCUUCUCCUUCUCCUCGCAAAAUCGCUAAAUGCUUGCAGCCGCGAGAGCUUAGGGUUUGCUUUUUGUGUUCUUUCUCUAAUCUCUGCUUCUAUUUGUCUUCGAUAUAGUGUCUUUGUACUCGGCGAAUCGGCGUUGGCUUGACUGCUCGGUAUUCUUGCUUGGUUGCUCGACAUGCUUCCUUGAUUGCUUGUUUGGCUACCGAGGAUUUUGGUUAAAUCCUCCUCAAAACGUGCUUCCAAAUAGUGGCACUUCACCACUAACCUAGUCGGAUUCAGAGCUAUCGUGUUCAUCGGCAGCAAUGGCAGAUGUAGUACACUUCCGCCUUGAGCGGAUGGCCAAUGAGCUCGAUGAUCUAGAGCGGCGCGGACUACUUGAACGGGACAAGAUCAGCGAGAUUGUUAAGCAACGCCGGGAAUUUGAGUACAGGCUCCAGCGACCGUCGCCUCUGAAGCAGGACUUCUUGGCCUACAUUGAGUAUGAAAAGAAACUUGAAGCCUACAGGAAGCUGAGAAAAAGAAUGAUCGUCCGCCAAAUGCAGGAAGAAGCGGAUGAAGAGGAGGGAGAGAAGAAGAAGAGAAGAAAGAAGUGGAAGAAGUCAUUCUCGGACUAUGCGGGUGUUCUCAGAAUUUUGGAUUUGUACAGGAUGGCAGUGAUGAGGUAUAAAGGUGACUUGGGACUUUGGUUUCAAUACUUGGAGUUCUGCAAGGAGAGGCGGCAUGGGCGGAUGAAAGAGGCACUAGGCCAAGCCCUUAAACUUCAUCCAAAAGUUUCUGGUCUUUGGAUAUAUGCAGCAGCGUGGGAGUUUGAUAAGAAGUUAAAUGUUGUUGCGGCUCGGGCUCUGAUGCAAAGUGGUUUGAGGGCUUGCCCAAAAUCAGAGGAUAUGUGGAUUGAGUAUCUAAGAUUGGAGCUUACAUAUCUAAACAAACUGAAAGCUCGAAAAGAAGCUCUUGGAGAAGAUUUACAAACAUUGGAACGAGGUGGUAUACUGGUUAGGCAGUGGAAAGAAGACAACAAGGAUCUAUUUAUGUCUCUUGAUGCUGGAAAUGAUGAGAAAAAUGACAAGAAAGAAUCGGAUUUAGAAGAAAAUCAUGCGGAGAAACAAAAUUUAUUUUGGCAAUUAGGUUUUAUGGUUCUUGAAGCUAUAUACCAUGAAGCAAUAAAGACUAUUCCAUCAAGUAUUAGCUUGCGAAAACGGUUCUUGGAGGUAUUAAGUUCCAUUGAUUUAGCUCACUCAAAUGAACUUAAGAUAGAGAUAUUGAAAGAUCUCAAAAGAGAUUUUUCACAUGAUGAACAGUACUGGGAUUUGAUGGCUAGAAUACAGCUUUCUGAUGUUAUCAUGACUAAUGAGGAAGAUAAACAUGAGGUUUCAUCCAAGUUAAAUCAAGCUUUUCAAGUUUAUGAGGAGGCGUUGAAUGUUUUACCAUCUGUCAAGAUGUUUUUCUUCUUUGUUAAGUUCUGGUCUGAUGUGACAUGCCCUGAGAGUAUGAUGCGUAAAGUUGGACUAGAUGUUUCAGAGUUCAGUUUGUUUCUAAAGAAGGCAUAUGAAAAAGCUGAAUCAACUGGUUGUCUUAUUGAGGAUCUUGCUUGCCUGUACAUUUCAUUCUACUUGCAAGAUGCAAACUUAGAGAAAGCAAGAAAAAUGGCUGAAAAGCUUUGUAGUGGUAAACUUUCAGAGGCUGCCGCUGUAUGGUUGCUGAGGAUUUCCAUAGAGAUAAAUUGCCUUGCUGAUAAAACUUCUUCCAUGAGUAAGGACGAUCUCGACCACAUCUUUCAACUCCUUGAAUGUGUGCUGAAUAGGCUACCUCUUUCCAAAGCUGAAGGCUUAUGGUUCUUGGCCUUGAAGGUUUUUUCAUGCCACAAAGCUUAUUUUAAACGGUUGGUGAAGAUUUUAGAGGCAGCAUUAGCCAGAUGUAGCAGUAGUUGUGAAUUUUCAGUUCCUGCUGCUGUUGUGGAUCGAACUCUCCAAAGGGAUGGUAUUCUACAUGCAAGAGUUCUUUACAAUCGAUUUCUUGCUUUGCCUCAUCCAGGCUUGGCCUUUUUUAAGCACUGCAUAGAGUUUGAGAAAAACUUAGCUUCUUUUGGAGAUGAUACUGCUUUGCAGAAUGCUCGGAAGCUAUAUGAAUCGGCUCUUCAAAUCUAUCGCGAAGAUAGGAAUCUCUGGAAAGAUUACUAUUCCAUGGAGAUGAAGAUGGGAACAUCCGCAACAGCAAAUGCUGCAUAUUGGCGUGCCCGAAAAGAAUUGAAGGACACGACAGGAUUUUGUCCACCAAGCUAAUUUUGAUGCAAAUAGCGAGCAUCCCUUGGCUAAAGCUCUAGUGGAGUAUGCUAAGACGUUCAGAAAAGAAGAAAACUAUGCUGGGCCCGAAGCACAAAGCUGCAUUGCUGUCACUGGUCAUAGAGUCAAAGCCAUAAUUGGAAACAAAAAGCUCAUAGUGGGGAACAAGAGUUCGAUGUUUGAUUAUUAUAAUUUGUAAAAAUGAUGAAUAAGUGCAUAAUUUAUUUU